UUGUGAAGAUUAAAAAAAAGGUUAAAGAAAAAUGUCGGAAUCGCACCGCACCCGGUCGAAGGCCGCUCCGGACUGGACGGCGGAGGAAUCCCUAAUUCUGGUGAACGAGAUCAGCGCCGUCGAGUCCGACUGGGGCUCCACUCUCCCCUCCUUCCAGAAAUGGCAGCAGAUCGUGGAGAACUGCAACGUCAUCGACGUCAACCGCAACUUGAAUCAGUGCAAGCGCCACUGGGACGCCCUUCUCACCGCCUACCGACGGGUUAAACAAGGAGCUCCGCCCGAUCGCUUCUUUCCACCUGACCUCUUCGCCGCCGUCGAUCACUGCCUCACUACCAACGUCGCCGGAGAGGAUGCGGCUGUGCCGGAGGAAGUAGCUAUGGAGACUCAUCCGGAUGCGCAGGCCCAAUUGCCUAAGUUAUUCUUUCAAACUGGUCCCAAGAAACAGAGACCAAGGAUGAAGCGUCAAAAGCGCAGACUUGAAACCCAAAAUCCUUGGGGAUACUUCACGAGCACGAAGAAACCACAUGAAGAAUCUAGCAGCAUGCCGGAAGAGGCUGAGAACACAGAUAACGUCGUUGAGAGCUUGCAUGAGGAGAUCAAUACUGAGUCAAAAGACCAACCAGAGUCAGAAGAGCAAACACUGGCCACGAUGCUGUGGGAGAGAGCAUUGCAGAUCAAUGCAAUCGUCGAAGGAAACCUAGCCGAUGAUGUAGAUCUGAAGAAUGCUGAGGCUGUUCAAAUGGAUUUCACUAGACGCCAAGGCGAUAAGCUUAUAGACUGCCUCGGGAAUAUCUCGACCACUCUUAAUCAGCUUUGUGACUUAGUCCAGAAAAGCAACUGAUUUUUCAAAAAAAUUCUUGAUUUUGUAUAUAUAUAAUGUCAAAUGUAACUCUGCACUAAAUGAAUUGUCUUGAAAUAGAAUGUCCAAAACAAUUUUAAUUUA